AUGUUGAUUGAAAUUGGUCGGGAGUCAUCUCCGAUUUUCAGAAACUUUGGAAUUAACAAGCCAAAAGAAAGCAAUGAUAUGGCGAGUUAUGGAAGUGCCAUUUUUGCAUUUGUUUUUCCUAGUCAGUUAGAAAUUGUUCAAGCUGAUCCUCAGACAUAUAAGCAGGUGCUGACGCUGUACAACCCAUAUCACUUUCCAGUCAAAUUUCGAGUGAAGUGUACGAAUCCAAAAAAUUAUGUGGUGAUGAAACCUCAUGGAAUGCUGAAGGAAUCAUCUUCUCUUGACAUUGUUGUUCGACACGUAGCUGCACAGUUAGAAAGUAAUCGUGGUCUAGAUACAUUUCGGGUCGAAGUUUCUCCCGCACAUCUUGAAAUGUAUUCCGGAUCAAUUGAUGUUCCAGUACGCAUUGUGGAAGAAGCUACAUGCUCUACUAGUUCUCACAAUUCCGUUUUUAAAUCUUCCAGCAGUAAUUCUGCGGUUAAUAUAAUUUCAACGGAGUUUUUACCGGUAAGUGAAAGUCAACAUCGAUUAAAUUCACCAUCAUUUAUGUCAUGUAUGUGUGUAGUUGGCAUCUGCGCAGUCGUUUUAAUGCUUCCAACUGAAGGAUUAGAUGUUGUAACGACGGUUCCAUCAUGGUUGCAUUUGUCAGUACAAGUGAAAUUAAUUUUUGCAUACAUUUUAGGUCUUUGUACGUUGCUUAUUUCAAGGCAGUCUUAA